AUGGAGGAAAGAAAAUUAAAUUUGAAUGCACGAUUUUUGUCUGUGAGACGAAUUGCUACAACAACAGUGUGCACAGAUGGAGAGAAAGAGAAGAUAAUUCAGAGGCCCGAUGGACGACAUACUCUUCCACCUUACAAAUCAGACUUUUGUUUGGAGCAGGUAACAGAACCAGUUGCAGUUCCUUUUCACUGGGAGCACAUCCCUGGAAAGGCUAAGGAAGAUAAAGAACCGGAGACUCAGCCUCGGGAGAAGACGUCUGUCACUCCUAGGCUUCCCCCUGGGAAGCCUAAAGAUUAUGUUACAAAGCAAACUUUAGAAAAGGAUCAUGCAGAUCGAAAUGGGAUUAGACCUCAAUUUAAAUCAUAUUCUUUGAACGAAAAUGUGAUGGAUUUGAAGUGCUCAAAAGAGAAAACAAAUGAGAGAAGGGCCUUGGAAGUGGAGGAUGAGGAUGAUGUUUAUUCGGAUGCACUUGAGACGAUUUCCCCUACAGAGUCUUUCUCCUUCAACUGUAGUGCAAGUGGUCUGAGUCAAUCUGAUGGUGCAGAUGUAAAGCAAUCUAGAGCCUUCUCUGUGGAUUUGCAAACUCGAGAUUUGAUGAUGAGUCGCUUCUUACCUGCAGCCAAGGCAAUGGCUUUGGAGACACCUCAUUAUGCUGCAAAAAAGCAAUAUAUAGCACCUGAACAACCAAGACAAGUCACAAGGGUAAUUCGUGAGGAUAUCAGGCCUUUAUCUAAUGAACAAGGGUCUCACAUGGAACUGCAAUAUGACCAAUAUAAAGAGGAGGAAGAAAGCGAAGGAGAAGAUGAUGAGUAUGAUCCCUCUGGCCCCAUUUCAGCAAAGGGUUGUGGAUUAUUUCCUCGGUUGUGCUUAAGAAAUUCUUUAUGCCUCUUAAGUCCAGUUCCAGGGAUGAAAGGUAGGACCCGGGCCCUCAUGUCUUCCUCCUCUGGGGUUAUAAGACCAGAAAAAACUACAUGUGGUCGGUCUCACAGCCAACCACUCAACAAGCAUGCUUUGGAUGCUGCUUAUAAGCACAAAUCAAAAGGUGGAGUCAAAUCAGGUGAAUUGCACAAGUUUGAGAAUAAGAAGGCUGGUGAAUCCAGUCGCUUUUCACAUUCUGGUGAUCUAAAGAAAGGGAGGUCAUCUCCCCUGAGGCAUUCACGAAGUGCUUGCAUAUCCCCCUAUCGAAAUGAAGCACCUUCUGGAGUCAAAUCAGGUGAAUUGCAGAAGUUUGAGUAUAAGCAGGCAGGUGAAUCCAGUCUCUUUACACGUUCUGGUGAUCUGAAGAAAGGGAGGUUAUCUCCCCUCAGGCAUUCACGAAGUGCUUGCAUAUCCCCAUAUCGCAAUGAAGCACCUUCUGGAGUCAAAUCAGCUGAACUGCAGAAGUUUGAGUACAAGCAGGCUGGUGAGUCACGUCGCUUUUCGCAUUCUGGUGAUUUAAAGAAUGGUAGGUCAUCUACCUUCAGUAAUUCACGAAGUGCUUGCAUAUCCCCCUAUCGACAUGAAGCACCUUCUGGAGUCAAAUCAGGUGAAUUGCAGAAGUUUGAGUAUAAGCAGGCUGGUGAGUCCAGUCGCUUUUCAUAUUCUGGAGAUUUAAAGAAAGGUAGGUCAUCUACCUUCAGUAAUUCACGAAGUGCUUGCAUAUCCCCCUAUAGAAAUGAAGCACCUUGUGGAGUCAAAUCAGGUGAAUUGCAGAAGUCUGAGUAUAAGCAGGCAGGUGCAUCCAGUUGCUUAUCGCAUUCUGGUGAUUUUAAGAACGGUAGGUCAUCUCCCUUCAGGCAUUCACGAAGCGCUUGCAUAUCCCCUUAUAGAAAUGAAGCACCAAAGUCUCCAUUUCCUGGCGUGGGGUUUCUUGGCAUUCCCAGAGAAGAGAGUGUCAAAGCCAAUAGUAAGUUCAAUCUGCAUAACAAGGGUGGUCACAAAUUUCAGGAAGUGUUAAGCCACCAAAGAAGUAUACAAGGGCCACGCUCUGAGAGCCCUACCAUUGAGAAGACACUGUAUGUAGAUACUGUAAAUACUGCCAAACUAUCAUGUUCAAAUUCAAGUUCUUUAGUUACCAAGGAACAAGUAGACUCUACUGGUGAGGAUUUUGAUACCUUAUUAAAGAGUAGAGACACGGAAGAAACUUAUACUGAAUCUUCGUUUCUAGAUAUCAAAUGCCUGACUUAUUUGGAGGGUGGUGGCACAUUGGAACAUGAAGUAUCGGAUUCCAUUGAUGACAAUCUACCUUCGUUAUCUGACCUCUCACACGUCAAAGGCCAAGUAGUUGCAGUGAAGAACUCUCAGCUAGGAACUGGUCAGGAUAUUGAGCCAUUCAACUGUUCAAACUCCAGUGCUAAUGGAAAAAGUGGUCAGAUUAUAAAAGCAGAUCCAGGAAUUGUUGAUGCUAGUUCUGUACAGUCUCCUCUUCCCCCACCUUUACCAAGAUCACCUUCUCAGUCUUGGCUUUGGUCUACCCUUUCUUCAAUUUCUUCGCGAUAUCCAAUUUCACAAGCACGUACUAAAAGGUUGGAUUCCAAGACAUCCUCCACCAGCACCAAGUGGGAAACCAUUGUAAAAACUUCCAAUUUGCGCCAUGAUCAUGUUCGUUAUUCUGAGGAAUUGAUUGCUCAUAUUUCUCAGCAAUCCAAGAGUUAG